CGAGACGUUUACAAAUCCCUGUAAUAUUUCCAUCAGGAUUCGUCGGACGAUUUUCAAGGAGUAAAUAAAGCCUGACCUAGAGUAAUAACUGGUGAGCCUGAAGGCCAGAUACAUGGGUCCGAAAGCCCUCAGGCCAGUUUCACUUCACGUUGAAUAUAACACGAGUCUGCAGAAUCUCAAAAGCAUCAAAUUCAAGUAAUUCGAUGAACAAAAGUCGAAUUAAUUGCGAUUAUAUCCAGAUUGGACCAGAGUUAUAGCAUUAUUCCCCUCCAGCGAGUAUUGUUAAUUGAAAAGUCAUAACAAGCGAUUAAAUCGAAUUCUGGAAAUAGUAGGAAGAAAUGUUUCCUCAAUUUGUCUAAUUCAUUGAGAGUUAUUUCAACUAUUUCCGAAUACCUGAAGAUUUGGGGAAAACUAAAAGUAUUGCAUUCGAAAAUAAGUGCUUCCUCACAGCGCAAAUAAACCAGAUUUGAUAUUUAUUUUGAAUACUUCGUGAUAAUAUUUGAAGCAGAACUUUAUACCUGAAAGGGGGAAUUCCUCUGCCCUCAGGCGGGGCAAUCGCGGUAUUCGAAUGCAAAUAUAAAUAGCGAUUUCAUUGAGGAAAUUACUGAGCGCAUCAGUGAGUGAUCGCGAGUAUCAGACGGUAUUUCGCGAUUGAGGGGACAGGACUCUUGUGAUAAACCAGUGACAGAGGUAUAUUUAUUCCCUUAUUUAUCCUUCGGUGCUUGACGAGCCCCCCCCCCGUGAAUUUCCGUUGAUCUAGCAACGAUUUUACGCUCAAUCAAUUCGAUAAGAACGCGGAAUUGUAAGACGACGGAAUUGUGAAGACGUCGAAUUGUGAAGACAUUCCCUGGGAGAUGGUCAGUGAGGCACCCAGAGCUGGACACGAGCUGGCACCUCUCAACGAGCCACGCCAGGUCCCGCAUACAGUUACUAUUGCCGUUGGUCCAGGACACAAUGGGACGCAUCCUGCUGAGGGGAAGGAGGACAAUAGGGCCGCGUGGAGUGGCAAAAUGCAGUUCUUUCUCAGCAUCAUUGGGUAUAGUGUUGGGUUGGGAAAUAUAUGGAGGUUUCCGUAUUUUUGCCAGCAGAAUGGAGGGGGAGCAUUCCUCAUACCAUUCUUCAUAAUGCUCAUUCUCGAAGGCAUUCCCCUCUUCCUCAUUGAACUGGGCGUCGGCCAGCGCAUGAAAGUGGGUGCACUCGGUGUAUGGAACAAUAUCCAUCCUUGGCUCGGUGGUAUCGGUAUAGCCUCCUGCAUUGUCACGUUCUUCGUUGUACUCUACUACAACGUUAUCAUCACAUGGUGCUUCUACUACCUGUUCAACUCCCUAACCGCUGUGACAAAAGUGUUUUCUCAACCCGAUGUUAGGAUGCAAGACACGCUGGCGUGGGCGAAGUGCCCGGUGAUUGAUGGAGUUGAAGUGGAAGAGUGUGUGAAAAGCUCAUCCACCGCGUACUUCUGGUACAGAACGACCCUCGAUGCUUCUCCUAGUAUAGCAGAACCCGAAGGGCUCAAGUGGUGGAUUGUACUCUGUUUGUUGCUCAGUUGGACGAUUGUAUUCUUCAUUAUGAUGAAGGGAAUACAAUCAUCCGGAAAGGUCAUUUAUUUCACCUCUCUCUUCCCCUACAUUGUCCUCACCAUCUUCUUCAUUAGGGGAGUGACUCUCAAAGGCGCCAGCGAAGGACUUGCUCACAUGUAUACGCCGAAGAUGGAAAAAUUGCUGGAGCCAACAGUAUGGCUGGACGCAGCGACUCAAGUCUUCUACAGUUUUGGUCUAGCCUUCGGCUCUCUCAUAGCUUUCGGUAGCUACAAUACCCCCGACAACAACUGCGUGCGGGACGUUAUCCUCGUGAGUUUCUGCAACGCAUUCACCGCGAUAUUCGCCAGUGCAGUUGUCUUCGCAAUCCUGGGAUUCAAGGCUGUGAGCAAUGUCGACAAUUGCCUAGAACUGUCGAGGAAGUUGCUGACGAGUUCGGGAUUCCUGAGUGACAACUCCACUAAUGAAGAAUUCGAACAUGCCAGGAUGACAUUCAAUGCAACUGCAGUUGGAGCGAAUUUUUCGUUAGCUUCGUGCAGUCUCGAGGAAGAAUUAAAUACUGCUGCCGAAGGGACAGGUCUAGCCUUCGUGGUCUUCACCCAGGCAAUAGUGGAGCUCCCAGGAGCUCCAUUCUGGUCCUGCAUAUUCUUCCUGAUGCUCCUAGCCCUCGGCAUUGGCUCCCAAAUAGGGCUCCUCGAGGGUAUGCUCUGCGUCAUCUUCGACAUUGACAUCUUCAAGCGAAUAAGAAAGCCGUACAUAACUGCCUGCGUGUGUGUCACUUGCUUCCUCGUCGGUCUGAUAUUCUGCACUGGUGCCGGUGAAUACUGGCUGAAACUAUUCGACAGCUUUGCCAGCACCAUCGGUCUCGUGGUUGUCGCUCUCCUCGAGAUGAUGUCGGUUGUCUUCGUCUAUGGACAUGAGAAGUUCACACAGGACAUUGAGGAUAUGACGGGCUACAGGCCCGGAUGGUACUGGCAGAUUACUUGGAGAUUCCUCGCACCUAUGAUCAUGAUUUGCAUUCUUGUGUCCAGCAUGUUCUCUAUGGUAAUGAACAGACCGCAGUAUUCUGCGUGGAUUGCCUCAAAGGGUGCAACAGAGUCAUUGUUCUACCCCGACUGGGUAAUGGCUAUCGCCAUAGUGAUUGUACUCGUUGGUAUCGCUCCAAUACCGAUAGUAUUCCUGCUCCGGAGGUUCCAAUGCCUCAAACUCGAUGUCAAUAUUCAUCAGGGCAGUAUUCGGCGGAUCGAGACUACUGUUUCCACCAAGGAGAUGAUGGGUGACAUAGAUAUUGACGAAUAUCAGGAUAGACUGGAGGACUUUCCAGAAGAGGAGGAGGGCAACAGCGACGACGAUAACACCAUAGCACCUCAGAAUUACAAAGCCAUAGCAUCCAAAGAACACCAAGGUAAAGGAUUGAAAAUGAGACGUAUGGAUUACUGAGCUAAAUCCCUGGGAAGACAUGUAAAUUUAAUGUGUGUGGGUGUAUGAUGAAAUUUGUACAGUAAAAUGUGAUAUUUUCGUGCAUUAAAACGCUGGUGGCUAUGGUUUAAUCAUCAAUGAGAGAAUUAAACUGCCAAAACGAACUCAAUGACAUUUUCUAAUGUUACGGAAUGUCGCACUGAAGGAUUAUACCCUGGGCAAUAGAACUGAGAUUAUACGAACAAAAUGUUUCAUUCACAAUUUUAAUCCAAAACAUUGUAAUUUAAUUUACGGUUUUCACGUUAAUUAUUAAUGUUCGUAAUGAAAUGUAAAUAGAAUAUUUUACGACGAAAUGCGACUGGAGAGUCCGUACAAAGGAGACAAAUUGUAAUCGAUUAUACUUGGAUGUUCGAGGAAUUUUUAAAAAGAGUUGAUUUUGGUGGGGGAUGACCACUGACGAGUUUUUCUAUUUCAAUUUUUUAGAUUGUUUGAUAACUGCGGAAUUAGGUCCCGAGAUAUGGGAGCGCGAGACUGUGUUCAGAAUCUGACUUUGCUAUCUUCAUCAAAUUCACCAUCGGGUGUUGAUUAGCAAUUACUUAGCAGCUGUAGAAUCGUUCUUCACCUUUCAAUUUUAAGACAUUUUGGUCGUUCAUUGGUCAUCCUGGGAUGAUUGUACCUAUGUACAUAAUUCGAUGAUUGAGUGAUAGUUGAAGACGAUGAGGAGAGGGUGGGGUAAAAUGGGCACUUUGAAAAGAGGAUGGAAUUUUUUUUCUUGAAAAAAAUGUUUUUUGUUUCUGGAGAAUUUCAACUGGGCUCAAAUGAUAAAUUCGUCUCUGCGAAUGAAUACUGUUUGAAGAGUGUCUCUGCCACUCCACUUUCUUCCAGAUUCAGUAAAAAAACAUUGGAUGAUUGAAUAUUUUGUGAUUGAAUUGAAACGAAGAUAACAUCGACGAAUAAUCGACUACUUAACAGAUGUGGAAUCGUUUUUUAUCUUUAACUUCCAAUUUUAAGACAUUUUUGAUCGUUCAUUGGUCAUGCUGGAAUGAUUGUACCUAUGUACAUAAUUUGAUAAUUGAGUGAUAGGUGAGGACGAUGAGGGGACGGUGGGGUGAAAUGGACACUUUCGAGGAGAGGAUGAUUUUUUUUCUUGAAAAAAAAAAAAAAAACAUUUUUCGUUUGUGGAGAAUUUUAACUGGGCUCAAUAGACAAAUUCUUCUCUAAGUUACGAAUAUUUUCUGAAGAGUGUCCAUUGCACUCCACUUUCUUCUACAAUCAGUCAAGGAACAUUGGAUGAUUCAAUAUUUUGUAAUUGAAUUGAAUUAAAUGACAAAUUAAUCAUUCAAGAUUUAAA